AAAAGGGGCAAAAAAGGGGGAUCAAAAGGUCCCUCGGGCCGCCACGCCCUGAUCCCCCCAGCCCCUCUGCCCUGGGGUAGCUCAGCCUCCCGGUACUAGGGUCACCCUAGCCCCCAGCCCCGCUGUGCUGUGCCCCUCAGUCCCGCUGUCCCACGGCCUCCAGCCCUACUGUUUUCGAACCCCCAGGCCCGCUGCCCCCUGGCCUCCCCCAAUCUCCGAUGCUCCAUGGCCCUCAGCCCCCCUACACGGCGACCCCCAGCCCCGCCGUACCAUGGCCCUCAGUCCUGCUGGACUGUGACCCCCAGUUCCGCUGCCCCACGGGCCCCCGACAGCCUCCUGUGCCCCCCAGCCCCUGGUCUCCCCUCCUCACCCCCACGCAGGGACGGGCGCUGGAUGUGCCGUGGGUGAUUCAUCCUGCUCCAGCCCCCCCCGCGCCGGCAGCUGCCAAAAAUAGCGCUGCGGGAGGGGGGGGGGACCCUCCACAUCACCUCCCACCCCCCCCCGCCUCACCGGCGGCCGGCCGGGAUGGCGGCCAUGGGUCGCUGUCCCCGACACCCCCAUCCCUGGGGCCGUGGGAACCGGGACCCGGAGCGGAGAGACCCCACGCUCCUGUUGCCACGUGAGCGAGUGCCACCCCUGUCCCUGCACUCCGUCCUGUGAGCCCGGCCAUGCCCAGCCCUGUCCGCCACCCUCCCAGCGCCGUGGUGCCACUGGGGUUCCCCAUGAUCCCAGCGGAGGGUUCGGCGCUGCUGCGCGCCGUAUCCCAAGGGAAAUUCCGCCUGACCCGGCUGCUGCUGGAGGGGGGAGCCUACAUCAACGAAGGCAAUGCCGCGGGCACGACGCCGCUGAUGGCUGCGUGCCGUGCCGGCUAUGCCGACCCGCCCGACCAGCCGCGGAUGGUCCAGUACCUUCUGGAGAACGGCGCCGAUCCCAACAUUCCCGACAAAUCCGGGAAGACGGCGCUCAUGCACGCUUGCGCCGAGCGCGCCGGCCCAGCCGUGGCAGCCAUCCUGCUGGCCCACGGCGCCGACCCCAGCGCCCGGGAUUACGCGGGCGGCUCCGCGCUGGUUUACGCCCUGGAGCGCGGGGACCGGGAGACGCUGCAGGUGCUGCUGGACGCGUGCCGGGAGCGCGGCCGCGACGUCAUCAUCAUCACCUCGGCCACGUCGCCCCGCGGUACCAAGACCACCCGGCAGUACCUGAACUCGCCCCCGUCGCCCGCCCUCUGCGCGUCCCCCUCCCAGGUGCAGGUGCGGGCAGCGGCGUCGCCGGGCGCCAGCGCGAGGGACGAGGAGCGCGACGUGUUCCGCUUCCCACCCGCGGCUCCAGGCGCCGCUCCAGAACCAUCCCGGGCCGGGCCCAAGCGGCAGCUGAAGAGGCUCAACUCGGAGCCGUGGGGGCUGGUGGUGCCGGGGGUGGAGGGGAUGUGGGGACACUCCGAGGGGACACAGGGAAGCCUGGAAGGGACACAGGGACCCCCAGAGGGAGCACGGAGAACCUUAGAUGAGAUACAGGGACCGCUGGAAGGGACACGGGGCCCCUCAGAAGGUUUGUGGGGUUCCCCUGAGGGGCCACGGGGGCCCCUGGAAGGGCCGUGGGCCCCCCCGGAGCGGCUGGCGGUGGGGCUGGAGGGGCUGCGGUUGCGCCCGCGCCGGCACAGCAUGGAGGGACGCGAUGUCUCAGGGCUGCCAGGGGUCACUGGGGCAGAACGGGUGCCCCUCGUCCCCCCCCCCGGCCGUUGGGCCCCAGCCCCUGACCCUUCACGGGGUAAACCCCUGCGCCGGGACCCCCCCAAUCCUGAGCUAGCCACCCCCGGGCCGCUCCGGCACCCGGCUGGGCUGCUGGAGCGCCGCGGCUCUGGAACGCUGCCCCUGGAGCCCCCCGGGCCGGGCAGGGCCGGGUUGCUCCCCCCGCUGCCCCCCCGAGCACUGUUCCGCCGGCAUUCCAUGCAGCCGGAGGCCCUGCGGCAUCUCGGUGCCUUCUGCGGGGGGCUGGGUCCUGAGCCUGGCUCUUAGGCACCCCCCAGGGGUCUGGCGGCCCCCUCAAGCCCAGGACCCCUUUGGAAAGGCCUCACCCUGGCCGGUGACACCCUUUGCUCUGAACCCUACUGAGGGUCAACUCUUCCAUCCCUCUCUCAGCACAAACUCUGCACGACCCCAAAUUCGGGGAGCUGGUGGGUGCAUCCCCAACUCCCCAGGCCCCCCCCCAGCAUCUUCCUCCUGCUCCUGCCUCGUCCUCCUGGCAGCUUUUUCCCCCAGACCCGUGGCUGGGGGUCCCCAGGGUCUGGCAAUAAAGGCCCCAGUGUACCUCA